AUGAGUUGCACCAAUAAGAUCUGCAAGGAUGAAGAUGGUGAACCAGUUUACACAAAGGUGUAUAGAGAAAUGAUUGGUAGCCUGCUAUAUCUCACAGCUAGCCGACCUGAUCUAAAUCUGAGUGUGGGGAUAUGUGCUAGAUAUCAAGCGAAACCAAGGAAGUCUUAUCUUGAGGCAAAUAAGCAAAUCAUUCGGUACGUCAAAGGCACCGCCAACCUUGGGAUUUACUACUCAAAAGAGUCAAAUGGAAACCUUGUUCGAUACUGUGAUGCAAAUUGGGCCGGAAGUGUAAAUGAUCAGAAAAGCACCAGUGGAGGAUGUUUCUUUCUCGGGAACAGUCUGGUGGCAUGGCUAAGUAAGAAGCAGAAUUAUGUGUCAUUAUCUACAACAGAGGCAGAGUAUAUUGCUAUUGGAAGUUGCUACAUGCAGCUGAUGUGGACCAAGGAAAUGUCUGCUGACUACGGAAUAGACACUGGAUCAUUUCUGGUCUACCGUGACAACUAG